AAGACAAAACUAGGCCAAGCGGCAGGACGAAGCAACAAGCAAAAAGAUCCAAUCAUGAUGAGCGAACAAAAACCUCCCAACAGAGGCAAGAACUUGGACCCUCCUCACUCCGUCUCCCCCGCACCCAUCACGUUGGCGUCCCCCUUUCCAGGAUUCUCCUCUCCCCCAAUCGCCGAUAAAACGGAAAGAAGUGGAUCAAACAUCACCAAAAAGAUCGGUGGGGGGAAGGGGGGGGGGGGGAUAAAGAAACCGAGAAAGGCGAAAAGCGGAAGGUAGAAAGUUUCUCCCCGCGAGAGGCAGCUCGGCAGUCCGGCCCUAUCCGUCUAUUCCAUAUCGUUUCCGCAGCUCAAGAUGAGAUUUUGAUGCCGGAAUCCAGCUUUUGAGGCUAUUUUACCGCCUGGGUGUCUUAUCGAUUACCGCCUGUUUUCUCCCAAUUUGGGCGGCUCGCCAUUUUUUGCAGGAGAUUGCUGCCCUUCCUCGAAUCCUGCCAAGUUUUACUGUUCAGUGGGGAAGCUUGUUCUUGGCACAUUCUCUGUCACAAUGGAUGAUGGAGCUGACUUCCCUUGCCAAUUGCUCUUCUCCCACCCGGAGAUGCCUGACAACUUCGACGAAUUCUUGAACAGCACCACAACGAGCUGCACCCACACGCAUAACUGCAACCCUCCCGGCCCGUCAGCCGCCAUGCACACCCACACGUGCCUACACACGCACACCCAGGUCUUCGCCGGCGACGGCGGCGAGGACGACGACGCCAGAGAGGACCCGACGAAGCCACGGAAACCGUUGGGGAACAGGGAGGCCGUGCGCAAGUACCGGGAGAAGAAGAAGGCGCACACGGCGUUCUUGGAGGAGGAGGUCAAGAAGCUCCGUGCCGCCAACCAGCAGCUCCUGAUGCGGCUGCAGGACCAUGCGGCUCUGGAGGCAGAGGUGGUGAGGCUGAGGAGCCUCCUGCUCGAUGUCCGGGGCAAGAUCGACGCGGAGGUUGGCCCGUUCCCGUUCCAGAAGCAGUGCAGUGUUGGCUCUGUGGUGUGUGCUGAUCCAGCAAUGUGCUUCAACGAUAAUUCUGAGGUAGGAGGAGCCCGGGAGGAGAGCUCUAGACCGGCAGCUGCAGAUUGCAGGAUCGAUGAAGGUGGCGGCAUGACACAAUAAAUUGAUGUUCCAGAAGGUUUGCAUCAUUCCAUGGAUAUUGUUGCAAGCUUUGUGAGUUCUGAUUCUCUGGCUUAACGAAUGCGUUUGCCUGAUUGGCAAUUUUGGGACCGCUGCAACUUCUUGGGCCUUAAUUAAGGGGCAAAAAUUUUGAUGGUUACAGUACUCAUGGAAUAAAAUGGCGAUGAACUGACAAUGAGUAGAACUGUCUUGCUGUUUUUAUGUUUGAGUAUUUGUUGUGUGAUUAUUCAGAUUGUACAGAAUACUUGUAUAAUGCAGUGGCACUGGAAAGAUGCUAAUACUCAUUUGUCUUCUUCGAAUUUAUACUGAAAGCAUGUGAAUGAAGUAUACUUGACCUCU